GCAUUAAGUAUUGCAUUAAGCGAGGCGUCUUCAGUCCUUAUGCCUCAAUCAACAGCCUCCCCAAGACGGAAUUUUACAAUAAUAAAGACAGGAGGUAUGUUUCAACAUUUGUUUAUAUGUGUCUGUGUGUUUAUGUGUUAUUACCAUGUAUAUAACAUUUUCAGGCGACAAAUAAGAGAGGAAGAGCAAGUCGUAAUAGCAACAUAAUGUGAAGAGGGUCCUGCCUAAAAUAGUUAGAGAUUUCAUUAACCCCUUAAGGACACAACUUCUGGAAUAAAAGGGAAUCAUGACGGAAUGUGUCCUUAAGGGGUUAAAUAGGCUAGUCUUCUUCUUCUUGUAAAGAGCAGGUAAGUUUUUUUUUUUUUAUUGUGUUUGGAAAACUAUAUGGUAUACUACUAAUAAAGAUUGCAUUUUUAUACUCUCUUCCUAAAUUAAUAGAUGUAAGUUAUCAAAAUAAAUGUAAAAAUGUAAUAUUGUGCCUUUUUUAACAAAAACAGUUAAAAUGCUGGAAUUAAGGUGUAUGAUAAUUUUACAGUAUCUAGUUUUAGAUGACUGAUACUGACACCUACUGGUAGCCAGUUUUCAAGAAUGUUUCCCUGGGUAAUAAUGUUCUAAGUUUACAGAACAAUACCUGAUUCUACCAUAUAUAUUUAAGAGUAGCUCUAGUAGCCCUAGAAGUAAAAUGUAUUUUGAUUCAAAUGAUACGUUUCUUCAUUAAAUUAUAAAAAAAAAGAUAAAUGAUAAUGUAAAAUAAACAUGAAAGCAUACGUUAGCAGAAGUGAAUGUUAUUCUGAUAGAUGAGUUGAAAUGAACUGUAAAUCUCAAAUUACAUGGCUGAUGAGCUAAGCUGAAGAUCACGAGAGUCAUGGUUCACAGGCUACAUAACUGACUGAGCGUGAUAAAGGUCAGAGUCCAUUUGGGCAAUAAGACAGUAAGAUAUGCAUGUCUAAUUCUUGAUGUUCAGCCAAUUCAUGUGCAUCAGCCUUAGUCAGUAUCAUGAGUAUGAAGUCAUAUAUUUGUAUCUAGCCUGGGCUAAUUUGUGCCCAACAGUUCAUCCUUGUUCAUACCUGCCCACAACAAUAUCCAAUAUGCCAAUAUUUUUUAAAUACAUUUCCACUUGUAGUUUGUAUACAAAAGACAUAAGACACAUUCACAUGGAUGGGCAAAGUUCAACACUUUCUCAGAUUUUACAACUUUUUUUUUAAACCCCUUAAGGACACAUGACGUGUGACAUGUCAUGAUUCCCUUUCAUUCCAGAAGUUUGGUCCUUAAGGUGUUAAAUGAACGUUCCUGCUAAAACACAACCUCACUCUUUUAUAGUGAUGUCCCGAACGGUUCGCUGGCGAAUAGUUCCUGGCGAACAUAGCGUCCUCGCGUUCGCCACGCAUGGCGAACAUAUGCGAUGUUUGGUCCGCCCCCUAUUAAUUUACUAAUACUAAGUAAAAAUUACUUAGUAUUAGUAAAUUGUGCCCCUACUCGCAAUACCGCAAGUAGGGGCAUGUUUAUUAAACAGUGAGCAGCCUGUGGCUGCUCACUGUUUAAAAAAAAAGGGUCCCCCCCCCGGUGGGGGCCCUAAAUACUAAUAGGGGGGGACCUACUGUCCUCCCCCCGGCCCCCACCCCUGAGCGGUGGGUGGGGGCCCUAAAAAUAACAAUAAGGGGGGGACCUAUUGACCCCCCCCGGCCCCCACCACUGAGCGGUGGGUGGGGGCCCUAAAAUGAACAAUAAGGGGGGACCUAUUGUCCCCCCCGGGCCCCACCCCUGAGCGGUGGGUGGGGGCCAAGGGGGGACAAUAGGUCCCCCCUUAUUGUUCAUUUUAGGGCCCCCACCCACCGCUCAGGGGUGGGGGCCAGGGGGGACAGUAGGUCCCCCCCUUAUUGUUAUUUUUAGGGCCCCCACCCACCGCUCAGGGGUGGGGGCUGGGGGGGAAGAGAGUAGGUCUCCUCCCCCCCCCUUCAACCAGUAAGAGUCCCUGUGGGUUUUAAAAUUCACCUGCCUAUUGAAGUCUAUGGCGGUUCACCGGGUUCGCCCGGUUCGCGAACAUUUGCGGAAGUUCGCGUUCGCGGUUCACGAACCGAAAAUUUCAUGUUUGCGACAUCACUACUCUUUUAUUCUGUUAUUUGCAACACUUUUUUGCAUAUAUAAAUUUCCCUUCUAAGUAUUGAAAGUAGCACUAAACUUACAAUAAUGAUCAAUAAUACAAAGGAUUGCAUUGUGUGUGUUUUAUAAAUACGUCAGAAAAUACACUGAUAUACAAAUAGCAUGACAGAAACAGGACCGAUGACGCCCCACAAAAUGUGCCUUCGUCUGUGUAGGCUUAUAUGUCAUUUAACCCCCAUUUCGCCCCUCAUACCAAUCCUAUUUUUUCCCCAUUUUAUCAUUCUUAUUCCAGCUUUUGUGUCUUUAUCACCCUUUUGCUGUCUCUUACCCCCUCAUUUGUCUUUAAUCCCCCCUGUUUUGUUUCUUAUUCCCCUUUAAAUGUUAUUCUCCCCCCUUGUAUCUCUCACUCUCCUGUUUGUGUCCCCUUACACAACAUUUUGUGUCUUGUAUACCUCCUGUGUUUCUUGCUCCCUUGUGUCUUUUACCCCCUUUUGUGUAUUUACACCUCAUUGUGUCUCUUACACCUACUUGUGUUUUACUGCUCCUUUGUGUCUUUUACCGACUGUGAAGAAACUACCCCUGUUAUUUCUGUACUUUUGUUUUUCCCUGUUUGGUAGAUAAAACUACCGAACACCGACCACCCCCUUGCUCAUUAACUUCAAAGCAAACUGCCAAUUUAGUGCUCUCUCUGUGUGGCCUCCAUUGGUAUAGUUGAAUGUCACGUGCAAGAGAAAACAGUGGCCAUCUUGUUCGCACGAAAGGAGGCAGCGGUACUUGGUUGUUGAGUGUCUGGAACCAAAAUCGUACACUCGACUUGCGGUCAAACUACACAAACUCCUGCUUCCUUUCACAGACCAGCCAGGAGAGCGCUGUUUGGUAGAUUUGUUCCCAUGAACUGAGGGAACAAAGGCUGCCUAUGAGCCAGGGGUACCGUUCGUGGAUUUAAUCUUUUUUUUUGUACUUUUUGAAAUAGACCGACCGCACAGCCCAAUUUCAUGGAACUAUUUCUGGGCAGGAGCAUCGUGUGCGGUGUGUCAAAUUAAGACCUCCAUGUAACUCUUGAAUCCCUGAACCGAUCUGGGUGAUUUUUAAAUAUGUUGGUCCCCCAGAUCCGGGCUAUCAGGGGAUGUGACUUUUAUGGGGUUCACAUGGAGUUUGGGGUACUUUCUAAGUUUUAUGGAAAUGUAUGUUUUUUGUAUUGGGAGAUAAUUGAGUUUAGUAUAGUGCUUGACUCAAUUAUCUCCCCAGUACAGGGGAAAGAUUACAUUAUUGUAUGUAGGAGUAUCCUGGACCUGAGAGCCAAUGUACUUGCAGAAUAUAUUUUGUCACUGUCCCCUCUCAGGUCCAGUGGGGAAUGCCCCUGGAAUAUGUCAACUGAAACCCUGUGCAUUGUUCACUGCAUUUAAACCAGGCGGUUAGCCUGAAUAAAACAUUCAUGUUAUACCCUUCAUCUAGUUUAGGCUGAUGUUUGGGUACCUGUCUACUUUGCCUGGAGAAUAUACAUUGCUCAAAAAAAUAAAGGGUACACAAAAAUAACAUCCUAGUUCUGAAUUAAUUAAAUAUUCUUCUGACAUACUUUGUUCUUUACAUAGUUGAAUGUGCUGACAACAAAAUCACACAAAAAUAAAAAAAUGGAAAUCAAAUUUUUCAAUCCAUGGAGGUCUGGAUUUGAAGUCACACUCAAUAUUAAAGAGGUAAAACACACUACAGGCUGAUCUAACUUUGAUGUAAUGUCCUUAAAACAAGUGAAAAUGAGGCUCAGUAGUGUGUGUGGCCUCCACGUGCCUGUAUGACCUCCCUACAAUGCCUGUGCAUGUUCCUGAUGAGGUGGCAGAUGGUCUCCUGAGGGAUCUCCUUCCAGACCUGGACUAAAGCAUCUGCCAACUCCUGGACAGUCUGUGGUGCAACGUGACAUUGGUGGACGGAGCGAGACAUGAUGUCCUAGAUGUGCUCAGUUGGAUUCAGGUCUGGGGAACGGGCGGGCCAGUCUAUAGCAUCAAUGCCUUCGUCUUGCAGGAACUGCUGACACACUCCAGCCACAUGAGGUCUAGCAUUGUCUUGCAUUAGGAGGAAUCCAGGGCCAACCGCACCAGCAUAUGGUCUCACAAGGGGUCUGAGGAUCUCAUCUCGGUACCUAAUGGCAGUCAGGCUACCUCUGGCGAGCACAUGGAGGGCUGUGCUGCCCCCCAAAGAAAUGGAACCCCACUGCCAAUGGAAUGUGUCUAUAGAAAGUAUAAAAUAUGUUAUUACACUCACCCCAGACUGACUCUUGUCCACCAGCAAAAGCAACUUCAAUGGGGAUGUGAGAGUCAGAACUGGACCAUGGAGCCAUGUAAGAAUGUUGCCUCGUCUGAUAAAUCAUGUUUACUUUUCGAUCAGGUGAAUACCAGGAUGCGCAUGAUUCAUUUACCUGUGGAAGAGAUGGCAGCAGGAUGUACUGUGGGAAAAUGGCAAGCCAGCAGAGGCACUGUUAUGCUGUAGGAAAUGUUCUGCUGGGAAACCUUGAAGGUUACUUUGGCACGUACCACCUAUCUCAAGACUGUUGACCAAGAACACCAAUUCAAUACAAUGGUGUAUCCUGAUGGAAGUGGAGUUUUUCAGCAGGAUAAUGGAACUUGUCACACUGCAAGAAUUGCUCAAGAAUAGUUUGAGGAACAUGACAAAGAGUUCAAGGUUGAAGAGACGAAAGGUGUGUGGAGCAAAAAUAAAAUCCAAUCUAGGUUACCUGUGCUACUGGAAAAGUUCUAGUCCCACAGUACUAUAAAGUGAUUAUGAAAAGAAGAAGAAACAACAGUAUUUGGCGAAUAUGGUGUAAUGGUCAUUUUAUUCAGUCAUCGCAAAGAGGCAAUGUUCCAACAAACUAAGUGUCUUUCUCAAGUCAUAAAUUAAGUGUAUCUUACCAAAAUAAUAUAUAGGUGAACACAAGACAAUCAAUCAAUCACAGUGCUGUGUGACAGAUUGCAUACAAUAAAACAAUCAAGAAAUCUUUCAAAUGAAUUCAAUUUGUGUGGCAUCUCAUAUCUUAAAGUAUUAUAAAAUAUCUACAAUUCUUGUAGAUAAGACAUCUUAAUAACUAGACACAAAAACACAAGUACAAUAAAACAUGAAUUACAAAAAUAUAACAAUAUUUUAUAAAAGUUUUGCCUUGGCCUCAAAAUCCCCAAGAUCUCAAUUUGAUUAAGUAUCUGUGGGAUGUGCUGGAACAAAAAAUCCAAUCCAUGGAGGCUCCACCUUCACAACUUGCAGGACUUAAAGGAUCUGCUGCUAAUGUCUUGUUGCCAGAUACCACAGGACACGUCCAGAGGUCAUGUGGAGUCCAUGACUCGACGCAUCAGAGCUAUAUUGGCAGCAUGGGGGGGACACCUACAUGAUAUUAUCCAGGUGUUUUUAAAGUUGUGCCUGAUAUAUAUAUAUAUAUAUAUAUAUAUAUGCCUGUGUUUUAGUAGCAAAGUAAUUAUGUUAUAUUCGUUUAAUGCCAUGGUUCCAGGUUCUGACUCAUAUACUUGAAUAUAUGAAUACUAUUAUACCAGUAAUAGUAAAAGCUGGGAUUGAAUCAAAAUGGCACCCUGGAAAACUGUGUAAAGAGUAUUUACAAUAUGGAUCAUUUGUGUAUGGAGUAUUUACAAUGUGGGUCAUUUGUGUAAGGAAUAUUUACAAUGUGGGUCAUUUGAAUCAAAUUCUUUCCAGUCCUGGAAUUCAUUUGCAGACUACUAAUGGUAUGUGUGGAUCAGGGCUAGUACAGAUGCCUCUCAUUCCUGUAUGUCACCUGUAGAAAGACAUAAUACCUUUUUUUCAGCACAUUCUAGCAUACAAGUAUACAUUAAGCAGAGGAAACUCAAAUAUUGGCCCUAUAUGAGUGCCAAAAAUACACAAUAGUGGACAGAUAAGGGGGUAACCCUAGGGUAAUGGAUGAAAACAAAAAGGAGAAUAAUCUGUCCCAAAAUAAUGUAAAAAAAAAUCAACGAAAUACGUUAUUAAUAAAACAAUCACAAACACAUACUGAGUCACUGAUCACUGCUGUCUCAAUGAUGGAUAACUGAGGCAGCAAAUGUGACCAAGUGAUAUACCCUAAAUGAGGAGUAUAUACAAAUGAGGAAGGGAGUAAAAUAAAUACAAACAGGAACGGGCAAAAAACCCAAGAGAGGGGGGUUAUAGUAGAUAAACCCCCCAGAAAAAACAAAACAAAAAUAAUAAUAAAUCGCUGCACAGUGCACGCAAUAGAGUAACAGUGAGUGCUACUUGACACUGUCGUAAUAUAAUAUAUACAGAAUAGCAAAAAAAAGGAUUGCAAAUAGAUGGACUGAGUAGCUACAGAAAAUAUAUAUAGCAACACUGAAGUAGACUUGAAAUAAACAGCGUGCAGAGAUGAACAGAUUAACAGAAUAGUGUAGCUAAUAAAUGUAGCUAGUGGGUUGAUGCCCCACUGAAAACCAGAGAGAAUCCCCAAUUAACAGUAUACCAGUACACCCAUAAUAAUGGAUGGUAAAGUAUAAUAGCGGAAAAGAUCCUGAUCUGUGCCUUCCAGGGCACCUGUCUAAAUCAAAAUACAAAAGACUGGCUAACUAUACAGAAAAAUGGGUAAAUGAAAAAAUAGCCCUAAAGGUAAAAUAAUAUGCAAAGAAAAGCGUAGUAAUAACCCUAAUCUGUACCUUCAUAGGCACCUAUCUGUGCAGAUAAAAGAGCUAAACUAAACUCAUAAACUGGUCCAAGUAAAAGGGGUCCUAGGUGUAACGAUCUUAAGCAAAAUGAUAGAAGUGCGAGAUAACACAAAAAUGUCUAACACCGGACCGGACCUAAUGUCAAAAGCCCCGACACGCGUUUUGACGAACACAGGCUCAUCAGGAGGAACUGACUCCGCAGACGGGUGAGUUUAAAUAGCCCGCCCGACGUCCUCAUUGGAUCAACCGCAGUGAUGAUGUAAUGGACUAACGUACCGAGCUACGGUGGCUCGACACACUCAGAUAAAUGAGAAAAACGUUGUGAUAAAGGUCCACACAAGUAAUACAUUAUCUAAGUCUAAGCAUUGUAUUUCUACAUAGUAGUUGUAGAUUGAUAAUUAGAAUCAAAAUGUAUUUUGAUAAUAUUAAAAGUAGUGAACAAUGCAUACCAAAGUUAUAUGGAUACAUUUUAAGAUAUUACAUCAAAAGAAUCUGAGUAUCCAAUAUUAACGUUAAUAUAAUAACCUGAUCAGUCCAUUUAGGACCAAAGUUGUCGUGACAAUGACGGUCCAGGUUGCUCCAAAUAUGAUAAGUGUGUGUAAUGAAUAAUUAAUAUUAAAGGAAUAUUAUAGCAGUUAGGAGAUCCCUUGUGGAUAAAAAUAAAAAUGAUAAAGUAGUGAAAGUGAGUUAAGAGAGAAGUUACGAUAACUUAAAUAAAAACAGAAUAUAAUAAAGAAAGAUGCCAAUAAAAUCUACUGUAAUAGCCUAAAGUGCUUAUAAUUAAUGGAUGAAUGCUGUAUAGUUAAACUCUUCGUUGAGUCCCAAUGGGGCCAGAGUCUUAAAGAGAUAGAUCCAUUUGGAUUCUUUUUGCAGCAAAAUUCUGUUGAAAUUACCUUUUCUUAGAUUAGGAAAUAAUCUUUCUAUUGCCUGAAACCUUAAGUUUUCAACUUUGCCUCUGUGAAAAUUGUUAAUAUGUCUAGCCACAGGUGUAGGAGUGAUGACAUUAUUGAUAGAAUUAACAUGUUGUAGGAUUCUCCUGCGGAACUGCUGAAAUGUUUUGCCAAUAUAUUGCGUACCGCAACUACACGUUAUUAGGUAAAUAACAAUUGUAGUGCUGCAAUUUACCAAAGCGUUGGUGGCUACACUGAUUUUAGAUUGUGUGGAUUGAACAGUCUUAGAAGGAGUAAUGUACUGACAUGCUUUACAGUGACCGCAUCUAUAGGUUCCUUUAAUGUUUGUAAGCCAAUUGGUAGGUGGAGAAGGUAAUGUUAAAUGGCUAUGUACAAGGAGGUCCUGUAGAUUAGUGGGUCUACGUGCUGUAAGAGGUGGAUGGUUAGGUAAAAUAUUUUUAAGAAAUGGGUUGUGAAGUAAAAUGGGCCAAUUGUUAUGAAGUAUGUGCGACAUCGUGUUCCAGCCUUGUUCAAAAGUGGAAAUGCACCUUGGGAACUUUGAAUCCAAUUUUGGUCUGGUUGUAGUAAGACUUAGGUGUCUAUCUAUGCCAUCUUUUCAACAUGUUAAUUCUAUCAAUAAUGUCAUCACUCCUACACCUGUGGCUAGACAUCUUAACAAUUUUCACAGAGGCAAAGUUGAAAACUUAAGGUUUCAGGCAAUAGAAAGAUUAUUUCCUAAUCCAAGAAAAGGUAAUUUCAACAGAAUUUUGCUGCAAAAAGAAUCCAAAUGGAUCUAUCUCUUUAAGACUCUGGCCCCAUUGGGACUCAACGAAGAGUUUAACUAUACAGCAUUCAUCCAUUAAUUAUAAGCACUUUAGGCUAUUACAGUAGAUUUUAUUGGCAUCUUUCUUUAUUAUAUUCUGUUUUUAUUUAAGUUAUCGUAACUUCUCUCUUAACUCACUUUCACUACUUUAUCAUUUUUAUUUUUAUCCACAAGGGAUCUCCUAACUGCUAUAAUAUUCCUUUAAUAUUAAUUAUUCAUUACACACACUUAUCAUAUUUGGAGCAACAUGGACCGUCAUUGUCACGACAACUUUGGUCCUAAAUGGACUGAUCAGGUUAUUAUAUUAACGUUAAUAUUGGAUACUCAGAUUCUUUUGAUGUAAUAUCUUAAAAUGUAUCCAUAUAACUUUGGUAUGCAUUGUUCACUACUUUUAAUAUUAUCAAAAUACAUUUUGAUUCUAAUUAUCAAUCUACAACUACUAUGUAGAAAUACAAUGCUUAGACUUAGAUAAUGUAUUACUUGUGUGGACCUUUAUCACAACGUUUUUCUCAUUUAUCUGAGUGUGUCGAGCCACCGUAGCUCGGUAUGUUAGUCCAUUACAUCAUCACUGCGGUUGAUCCAAUGAGGACGUCGGGCGGGCUAUUUAAACUCACCAGGUCUGCGGAGUCAGUUCCCCCUGAUGAGCCUGUGUUCGUCGAAACGCGCGUCGGGGCUCCUGACAUUAGGUCCGGUCCGGUGUUAGACAUUUUUGUGUUAUCUCGCACUUCUAUCAUUUUGCUUAAGAUCGUUACACCUAGGACCCCUUUUACUGGGACCAGUUUAUGAGUUUAGUUUAGCUCUUUUAUCUGCACAGAUAGGUGCCCAUAAAGGCACAGAUUAGGGUUAUUACUACGCUUUUCUUUGCAUAUUAUUUUACCUUUAGGGCUAUUUUUUCAUUUACCCAUUUUUCUGUAUAGUUAGCCAGUCUUUUGUAUUUUGAUUUAGACAGGUGCCCUUGAAGGCACAGAUCAGGCCCUUUCCUGUUUGUAUUUAUUUUACUCCCUUCCUCGUUUGUAUAUACUCCUCAUUUAGGGUAUAUCACUUGGUCACAUUUGCUGCCUCAGUAAUGCAUCAUUGAGACAGCAGUGAUCAGUGACUCAGUAUGUGUUUGUGAUCGUUUUUAGUUUUAUUAAUAAAGUAUUUAGUUGAUUCUUUUUUUUAAUAUUAUUUUGGGACAGAUUAUUCUCCUUUUUGUUUUCAUACAUAGAGCAGAGGGAUUAAGAGAGCCUCAGGUGUGUUGCCUUUAGAUUGUAAUAAGUGGAUCUAACUUUUAGCUCGUCUUGUACUUAAACCUGUGGGCUGGAUCUGAAGUAAAGGCUGCAAAUCAGGUGUAUAGAAAGAGGCAUAUUCUCUAAACAACAAAUUAUGCUCAUGCAUCUCCAAUUCAGUUUUCCAUUAAUCCACCACACUUCAUUUUGCUUGUAUAGCUUAGUCAGAUUUCUCUGCAUUGAUCAGUGUAUGGUAUGAGUUAAGAAAUGGGAUCAGUUUUUAAUUCUGCUGUGAUCACGUCUAACUUGCCAUUUUGUGAUUACAGCUCUAAAAGCAUUUGUGGAAGAUGCAGAAACAUUUGUAUAUUUGAAACUGUAAAAUAAAUUUUAAGUAGUUCUGAUGAGUUCACAUUGUUAUUAAAAAUAACAUGUAUUACUACAUUGUUGACAAUUUUCUUUUUAAUAGAUGAAGAUUUGGAACCAAAACAACAAAAUAAUCCUUGUCUUGACGAAUUUCAACACUUUUGUAUUAAUGGUCACUGUACUUUUCACAAAGAGCUCAGAAUUCCUCUGUGCAGGUACAUUUAUAUAAAAUGACAUGUCAUUUGAUGGCUUUAUUACAUGUUUGUCAAAUUCAGCUAUGCAAAGACAGGGCCACAAAAUACUUCUUAACUAGCUAGCAUUGGGUCAGUAGGUAAUACUAGUUUCAAUUAAUUUGAGGUAUGGAUUAGGAUUUGGGGUUAUUUAAGGGUGCAAGUGUGCAGUAAUCUCCAGCAACAUUUGUGAUCUUGGAAGCAGAUUCCUACCCAUCCACCCUGUUUGCCCUAUCACACUUUGUUACAGAGGGAGAUUGUUUUGGGGGAGUUUUCCAUUAUUAGGGGUCAGUAGUCAGGUAAGAAGUUAGCAUAUUCUAGAAUUAGUAGAAGGGUGGGUCUGAUGAUCCCCACCUUUAGGGUGCUAGUGCUGAAAGAUGAGAAUAAUGCUGCCCUUAUUAUUGUAAUUAAUGUAUGGUUUAUGUAUUUAAUAGUUAAUCAUAUUUAUCUAUAAUUAUGUUUAUAGUCCUGUAUUUCUCCACUGCACUUUUUUUUGUUGGUUGUUUAUAAUUGUAAUAAUGGUGAUGUGGCCAGUUUUUAGUCAAACAAUCUCAUGUGUUAGAAUUUUUGUAUGAGGUUAGUUUGGAUUUCAUUUUGGUUUUAGCCAGCUUGGAUUCAUGAAUAAGUAAUUCAUGUUGUUAGAGUAAAUCUCCCAUAAUUCUCCACAAACCAGAGAAAGGACAUACCAGAAACAUAUGCAAGUGUGAAGUACUAGUUGGCAGUGGUGUGUGAUAGUACCAACUCACAAAUAAACAUUUAUAGCAUGUUAAACACAGCCGUUUUUUCUUUAAAUAUAUCUUCUAUAUCAUACCUCCCAACAUUUCAAAUGGACAAAGAGAUGCACUUAAAUUUAGGGGUGUGAGUGUGGGUGUGGCCUGGAGUGGUGCUAUUCUAAGAAAUUGUAGGUAACUUACUAAUAACAAUUUAUGCAAAUAAAACAUAAUUUAGAACAAAAAUAAUGUAUCUUAUUUACACAGACUGGCUUCUAAACACGUUUAUCAUACUUUAAACAUGCAUUACUGUGAGCAUUAUUGCAGUGGAGCUCCUAGAAAAGAGGACCAUUAGUAUAGAAAAGAGGGACUUGGAUCCAAAAUAGGGACUAUCCCUCCUAAAAAGGGAUACUUGGGAGGUAUGGUAUAUACAUUUGCGCUAUUGAACAUUGUGGAAUGCAUAUUUAAAAUCAAAGAAAUUCCUAUUCUACAUAAUAAACGGCACCUAUUCUAUUUUUCAGAUGUCUAUCAAACUACACAGGCGAAAGAUGUGAACAAUUUUUUUUAGCAUCUAUCAAUCCAGAUGACAAAGCCACAUAUUUAGCUAUUGGAAUUGGCAUGGGUUUAUUAAUAAGUGGGUUAAUAGCCUUUAUAUGGUGCCAUGUGAAUAAAAGGUAUGUUUAUUUUUUUGCAGAAAUUCUUAAUUAAUUAAGAGCUGAUCGUAUUAUGUUGCCUUUUAGCUUAUGAGCAAAUAUUUAUAUUAUUAUUAUUAUUAUUACAGUUGUUUUUAUUGGUAUAAAACAAAAUUAAUGCCAGAUACAUUAAGGAAAUGUUUUCAUACAACUUAAUACAGCCAACAAACAAACAAACGGAAUUUUAAGGGCUCUGUCCAUGAUUAUUAUUAUUAUUAUUAUUAUUAUGAUAUUUAUAGAGCGCCGUCAAAUUCCGCAGCGCUUUACAAUGGGUGGACGAACAGACAUGUAGUUGUAACCAGACAAGUUGGACACACAGGAACAGAGGGGUUGAGGGCCCUGCUCAAUGAGCUUACAUGCUAGAGGGAGUGGGGUAAAAUGACACAAAAAAGGUAAGGAUAGUAUUAGACUAGUGACAGUUGCAGAAGAGGAAUCAGUCAGGAGCUAUUAACAGUUUAAUUGAUACGCUUUUAUGAAGAAGUGGGUUUUUAACGAUUUUUUGAAGGAGUGGAGACUGGGUGAGCAUCUAACGGAGGAGGGAAGCGAGUUCCACAGGAACGGUGCAGCCCUCGAGAAAUCUUGAAGGCGAGCAUCAGAGGUGGGAGUACGGACAGAAGAUAGACGUAAGUCUUCAGCAGAUCGUAAGGGCCUAGACGGGACAUACUUGUGUAUAAGGGAGGAUAGAUAGGAGGGAGCAGCAUUAUGUAGAGAUUUGAAAGCAAGAACCAGAAUUUUAAAUUGAGUUCUAUAUUUUAUAGGAAGCCAAUGUAGGGACUGACAGAAGGGUGAGGCAUGGGAGGUGCGGGCGGACAGGAAGAUGAGCCUCGCCGCCGCAUUCAUUAUGGACUGUAAUGGCGCUAGUUGGGAGCACGUAAGACCACUGAGAAGCGGAUUACAGUAGUCAAGGUGAGAAAGGACAGUGGAAUGGACCAACACCUUAGUCGCAUCUGGCGUUAAGUAGGGGCGGAUGCGCGCAAUGUUUUUGAGAUGGAAAUUACAGGAUUUGGUGAUAGAUUGAACAUGAGGCUUGAAGGAGAGGUCGGAGUCAAAGAGAACACCUAGGUAGCGAGCCUGUGUUGUGGAGCUGAGGGUAGAACCGUUGACUUGGAGGGAGACAGACACAGGAGUAACAACACUUGAGGGAGGAAAGACCAGAAUUUCAGUUUUGGUCAAGUUUAGUUUAAGGAAGUGGGCAGCCAUCUAGUUAGAGACAGCUGAGAGGCAGUCAGUGACACUAGUCAAGAGGGACGGGGAGAGAUCAGGAGAGGACAGGUAGAUUUGCAUGUCAUCUGCAUAGAAAUGAUAUUGGAAGCCAAAGGAGCUAAUGAGUUUACCAAGGGAGGCAGUAUAGAUGGAGAACAGUAGGGGACCAAGGACUGAACCUUUGGGGACACCAACAUAGAGGAGUUGAGGAGAAGAAGCAGAGCCAGAGAAGGAAACACUGAAAGAGCGCUGGGAGAGGUAGGAGGAGCACUAGGAGAGAGCAAUAUCUUGUAGACCGAUAUUGCGGCGGAUGAGAAGAAGCUGUUGAUGAUCAACAGUGUCAAAUGCCGCAGACAGGUCAAGGAGAAUUAGGAUAGAGUAGUGACCACGAAACCUCUUCCAAUGUAGCGGGUGCGAAUGAACAUAGAACAGCGGAGGAAGUGAAGUUAGGGGAAGUAUUGUAAGGGGACGAAGAAAGAUGAGAGAUCUCUUCUCUGAUUGAGAAGAUCUUAUAGCACAAAGUGAAAUGGGAUGGCUAUAGACAUUUAGAAGAAUGCAACCACAGAUGUAAAACAAGUUAUAGUGCAGAUAUUAAAGGCCCACUUGUUUUCCUGGCACUAUAGGGUUAUUAGGUCCCCUCCCCCCCACCCUCAUGGCCUCCCUCCCGCUGGGCUGAAGGGGUUAAAACAGUCAUACUGAACCUGUUACUCACAACCCAACAUGGCUUACACCAACAGCAGGGACUUACCAAUGUGGUCGCUGUAAGGCCUGCAAAUAUAUCAAACCAUCAAAAAUGGUUGUGAGCACAACAACAUCUAAGACAUACAAAGUGAAAGAAUGUAUCAACUGCAGCUCUGCAAAAGUCAUCUAUUUGAUAACUUGCAGCUGCAAGAUGCAAUAUAUUGGUAAAACAUACCAACAAUUCAAAAGAAGGAUUCUCCAACACAUCUGCUCCAUUAACAACUUAAAGGUCUCCACCCCCAUUGGAAAUCAUGUGAGACUACAUCAUAUUGGUGAUCCCACCCAUCUGACCUUUCAAGUUAUAGAGAAAGUGUCCUUGAACUCUAGAAAAGGCAAUUUCAACAGGAUGCUUUUAAUGAAGGAAUCAAGGUGGAUUUACUAUUUUAAAACUCUGACCCCCAAUGGUCUAAAUGAGGAGUUCAACUUUACUCCCUUUAUUCAUAAAUAAGUCAUAUUCAUCAUUGUAAGAUUCACAUCAUAACCUAGACACAGGCAUCUUCCAGUUCAAAGGGCGGAUAUUGGGGUAGACAUCCCUAACACAGUUUCUUUUUUAUACCACGAUAAUUACCCCUUUCCCUAUGUUGGCUAUUUAUAAUUUAUCCAGGUUCAGUACCCUAUAAACUGUUUACUCUAAGACAGAUUCCCUGUUAUUCCCACAUUAUUCAAUAUCUAUAUACAAAUUACUAUAUCUGUCCUCUAGGGUUGAUAAUACACGACCCUAUUUCAAUGGUACACACAUCUCUUUUUCUCCAUACGAUACUUCCUUCAUUACAGCAUCAUUAAUAUGUACAUCAUUUUCCUGUACUAGUCAUGCCAUAUUGCUUCACAUGUAAACAAUCUCUGCUUGAUCAUAACAAAUUAAUAUUCUCCUUUAUUGUAUUAAGAUCACAUGCUUUCCACCAUUUAGUUAUUCUAUUAUCGAGUCACUUUGCUUUUUUGUGACUGUAUAACACAUUCCUUUUCUACCCCCAGUAUAUACCAUGGAGUCCCCACUGCAUCAUUUUCGGUCACACCUGCAGGGGAAUCUCCCACUCUUUUAUUUCUAGCGCUGUGUGUAUAAAUACAUUAUUAUUACUAUACUUUGUCAUUAACUGUCCCACAUAACUUAUAUGCAGCACGGAGAGUUUUCCCUGCUGUAAUCUCCAUAUACACAUCUCUCGUUACUGUGUUCCACUUUGUCUGGUGACAUAGGGGUUAACACUAUCCCCCUUCAACACGUCAUUAAUUUGGGCGGAUCGAAUCCCAUGACGUCAAGACAUCUACCAAUCAGAAGCAUCCUUCCCUUUGGACCAAUCACGAGCUAUUUGCUCCUUUUUAAACCGAGUGUCUCACACCGACCGGUUCCCUUCUCACGAGCCUGGUCGGGUGAAACGCACGCGUCAAGGGAAUUAUUAUGCAGCCUGCAACAUUAUUUUGAAAUUUCGUAUCUACUAAGGGAUUUAUUAUGCAGCAUGCUACAUUUAUCUGAUACUUUAUUUCUAUAAAUGCACUCUAUCUUCUACUGAUUCAGGGGGGUUGGAUCUAGGUGCCCUUGAAGGCACGGAGGGGCUAUAUAAUCCAUCUACUGAUAUCAACUAUCUUUCUUACUAACUGCUUUUUCCCUCUCUUUACAAUUAUCAUUUCUACGAAGGGUGCUGGCUCCAGGUGCCCCUGUAGUUACAAAGGGGGUCUCCUCACAGUGAGUUUCCAGCAUUUUCCUUCAACCUGAGAGUGUUACAUAUUCAGCAGCAUAUAUUCAGUAACAUCCUCUGAACAUCCACGUUACCUCUUUAUAAGGAACUAUUUCAAUGUCAAAGAUUUUUUCUUAUACACCGUCAGGCAUAUAUACAGCAAAUUUUGAGGGUAAUUAAUUUUAGCUACACAUCUCUGAUGAAUGGUUACAAGUCACCACUCACUCAUUGAGUCUGCUUACACUUGGCAUUAAGGCUCUCUUUUUCCAAAGCAGUUCAGUUUACAUCCAAAUACAGGAUUUCUAUCUCUCGCAUCUCAGGAUAUGCUAUCCUUCCCCCUUACAUAUUGUACAUUCAAUAAUUAUUCCUGUUCAGCACAGACGUGAGCUGCAACAGAGAAUCUAUCGAGUGCAACGUUAGAAUCUUUUCAAACUUGAGUUAUCAAGCCAGCUUCAUUGAUUUUAUUUUUUAUUUUUAUCUUCUAUUUCUUUCUUUCAAUUUUACACUUUAUUUAGUGUGUGUGUUACACUUGGGUGAUUGCCAUUUCUUUUGGCGAUUUUUAAACCAAUUUAAUAAAUAAAGUAUUUUUUGUUUUCUUAUUGGGAUGCUUAGCCUUCUGCCUGGCACUCUCGCUAGGUCCCCAGUACCUUAAUAUAGGUAUACUACUUUAAUUUCUUCUUUUCUUGAUUCCACUAGGGGUUACCCCCCUUUUGUUCCUGUAGUAUACCUUAGUGAGCUGUACUCCACUUGUUUCCCUUCAGCCACUUAGCUUAAUCCAGCACCAGGCUCCCUCUCCUCCUGCCGAUGUCAGCACCGAAUGUGCAUGCGUGGCAAGAGCUAUGUUUUCAGCUGCAGGGUUAAAACUAGGGGGACCUGGCAUCCAGACCACGUCAUUGAGCUGAAGUGGUCUAGGUGCCUAUAGUGGUUCUUUAAGUGUCUCUAAGUGUGAGAUGAAUGAACUGGUUUGUAGAUAUACAUUUUAAAAGAACAUUUGAAGAUGGAGGGGAAGAUGUAGAAGCAAAGGUCAAGCAGUAGUGAGUAAAGUAAGAUGGAGUAACUAAAUUAUUUGUUAGAUGGGGGGGAUUAAUAAGAGGAGUAGAAAGCUUUCUUCAUAAGAGUGGAGAACAACUUAAAAAAGAGUAAAGCAUAAAGAGAGGGUAGAGUUGUGAAAGGCUUUAAGAUUUACAUUAACAGGGUUAUUUACUAGAGUGAGAAUAAAAAGUGAAUUAAAAGUGAAUUUGAAAUUUAAGAUUAAAACAGCCAAACUGGAAAUAUUCUCUAAAUCAGCUAUGCUCUAAGUUCAGCUACUCUGGCCUUAAAGGGACGCUAUAGGCACCCAGACUACUUCAUCUCAUUAAAGUAUUCAUGGUGCAGUGCCCUUGUCUGUUUAACACUGCAAUGUAAAACAUGCAAUGUUUACAUAGCAGGGUUUACUCCAUCUAGUGUUGCCACUAGAAGAGCUUCCGGGUCCUAGCGUAGUUUACUCUGGUAUUCGAUGUUGGCCUUCCACACACGUUGCAUGAUGAUGAACAUCUUUUAUGUAACCAAAGAAAUGCGUUGAUUCUCUGCUUUCCUGUAUACACGCUUGAAUGAGGGUGUGAUGCUCACCACGAAGGCGCAUUGGGUCCUUAGUAUCACGGGAUAUCGAGAGUCAGCGCUGAGGGAAUCCCCAGGUAGAAAAGAGUCUUUAGCCCUUUAAUCAUGAAAUGGUGGGACGCACACAUAAAACUAUGGAUAGGGACACUAUAGCAUUAGGAAUAUAGGGUUGUUCCUUUAAAUUUGAAAUUCACUUUGAGCUAAUUAUGAAUUCUCACUGUAUAUGUGAGUAACACAGCCCAGGAGAAUGUAUUUUGUAAAGGCUGGCUUUGAAUCAGUAGGCCAGUUAGAAUGGCUGACAAGGAGAAUGUUGAUGUAGUUAAGAGUCAUGUGAGCUUCAAAGUAUUUAUUUGACUUCUCGUUAUUAAUUAUGUCAUAAAUGACAUUAAUGUAUCCCCGACAUUUUCUCCAAUGCGUAAUAAGUCUUGUGAAUACUCCAAAAGUAGAUAACUACCUAGACAGUUGAACCAUUUUACAAAGAGUUUUAAGUGCUGUAUUUUUCCACAGACUUGUAAUGUUAAGUUAAUACUGUGUAUUGCAGGGGUCAGACAUUAUGGCACAUGGCUACAUUCCAUUUUUAAUACAUAACUCUACGCAUGCCAGCUAGUGAUUAAACUUCUUUCCCUUUUUAAACGUCUUUGAAAUGUAUUUGGAAGACACAAC